AUGGCAAUGGAGGCAGCGGCGGCGGCACCACGCCCACGUCACACUCUCACCGCCGUCGUCGCGCUGGCGGCGGCGCUCCUUGUCUUCGCCCACGGCGUCGUUGCCGUGACGCCGCCACGUGCCGUCGCCCCCGCCGCCGCCGUGCGGCCCUGGGUGGCGCGCCUGCAGGUCCUGCACGACCUGUCAACGACCUCCCUCGACGUCGACGGCGGCGCCGGCGCCGGCGAGCAGCAGCAGGGCGGGGGUGGGUUCGCGGAGUGCUGGGGCGCGGUGAUGGGGCUGAGCUCGUGCUACAGCGAGAUCCUGCUCUUCUUCGUCAACGGCGAGUCCUACAUCGGGCCCGAGUGCUGCGUCGCCAUCCGCGGCGCCACGCGAUACUGCUGGCCCGCCAUGCUCGCCUCCGUCGGGUUCACCGCCGAGGAGGCCGACGUCCUCCGUGGAUUCUGCGACGGCGAGGAGGCCUCACACCAGCUGGGAGGCACGCCGCCGCCCGUGCCCGCUCCCGGACGGGGAGCCAGGCGGCUGUGA